CUUUCGCCAAUAGUAGAAGAGGUAGAACUCUUCCGUCCCGCCAUGUCCGUUUCCCUCCCUCUUCUCUCGCAUCCCAUUGCAUCCCAUCACGAAUCCCGGCGCAUUUUCAACCGUCCGAUCUCUCAUCCCUCUCCCACUAUCAAUGUCGUUAUCUGGCUUCCUCCUAUAAAAGCACCCAUCCCACCUCGCGCUCUCUUCCGAAGGUGGGACCUUCCAUCCGGCAGAAAUCUAGGGUUAGGGUUUAUCCCCCGGGCUGCUGCAAAUGGGGGAUCAGAGUCGUCGGAUAUCGCCGCCUCCGCUGCUGCCGCCGAUGGAUCGAAAGGAGGAGAAGAGGAAGAAGCGAGAGGAGCGAGCACGAUGCCGUCGAGGUUCCGGUACUUGACGAAGGAAGCUCCAGAUCGUCCGGUGCGGUGGCCAUGGCUGAUCGUCUUAGCUUUUCUCAUAUAUGCGUGGCGAACGGUUUUGUGGGAACUGACUAACUGGAAGAAGGCCGUGCUUGCGAUUGCCGGUUUCUGUGGUUAUCUUCUGAAGCUUGUGCUGGCCAUCAUAUACCUUUUCAUUGGCGACCCAAUUACUUCUCUGAUCAGAUACAUCGAGACCUCUCUCUAUUUCGUACGAUCGGUAUAUGCUAGCAUUGUGGCAUAUGCUCCAGUUCAAGAGCUGAGUGUGAUAAUCAUGCUGGCAUCCACUGUACUGGCCAUUGCAGAAGCGACAGUCCCAGACUCAGUGAACAGCCAGCCAUAUAUCCUCUCCUUGGCAGGCCUAAUUGGUUUCUGGGCAGUGGGUGGCUUCAUUCCUGAGCUGCUUUUUUGGUUGCUUCUAUCUGGUUUGUUCUGCUACUCCCGGUUUGCUAAGAAGCGAGACAAUGUUUCGGCUGCAUUGCCUGUGGCUGCCGUAGCGGCUGCUGUUGGGGAGCCAUGGGUGCGAGUGCUGGCAAUCGCAUCAUAUCUCACUCUUGCAAUUUUUCAGCACUCAAAGUCUUCAGAAGGGAAUGUGGAGGUGGGAGCUCCAUCGAACCGCAGAAGACUACCAUUACCGUUGUUGUUCUCCGCGCUGGCGAUUGGAAUCCACGUUGCUGCCAAGUGGGUCCGUUAUCGGCAUCUGACAUGGAAGGUACUAUGACUCAAAUGCGAUGUUUCCCUAUUUUUGUAGCUUGCGGGUUUCAUCUUUCUGGUCUGAGAAUGUAAUACAAAGGGAUUUUUUGGAAUGUUGAUUGGGAGCAUCUUUUGUAGCUGUUUGUAAAAAAGAGUAGGUUUGGGCUGAAUCCGCCCAACUUGCCCGAGUUGGGGGGGUCAUUCGGUUGUGACUCGUGUCUUGAACUGGAUCGGGUCUCCGAGUCUGAGUUGACUCGUAUGACUCUUAAAACCAUGGCUAGUAGAGCUGCAUGAAUUGGAUGAAAGCUGAUAUUAUAGCCUUUCAUUCCUUC